CGACUGUUAGCGCCCCAGCGUUCCCCCAGCGACUCGUCCUCAGUCCCGGUCCAUUCAAUUUUCCAGUCGACUUCUUCCCAUCCGCCAGCAACGUCUCUUGUGAUUGCGACGGAACUCACAGGUUUUCCUUUUCACGACAUAGCGACUUUUGUUUUGUUUUUACAAUUGAUACCCCGAUUCAUACUUUGUCGCAAACCACAACCUCGUUAAUCAUGGAUCUCGACGCUCCUAUGGGCAUGGCCCCGUUGAUGGGCUCUGCCAGGACAGGCGCUACCAUUCUCUGCUGCAACUGCGGUGCUCCCAUCGAUGGCACAGCCUCUGCCGGCGCUCUCUGCUACGACUGCAUCAAGUCCACCGUCGAUAUCUCCCAGGGCAUCCAGCGCGAGGCCACCGUUCACUUCUGCAAAGAUUGCGACAGAUGGCUCCUACCGCCCGCCAGUUGGGUCACAGCCGCCCCCGAAUCGAGAGAGCUGUUGUCACUAUGCUUGAAGAGGUUGAGGAAUUUGGGCAAGGUCCGCAUCACAGACGCCAGAUUUAUCUGGACAGAACCCCAUUCGCGAAGAAUCAAGGUUCAGGUUACGGUUCAGGAUCAGGUGGCGGAUGGUGUGUUGAUGCAGCAGAGCUUCGAAGUCACCUAUGUUGUCGCCAGCCAGCAGUGCAAGGACUGCGCCAAGUCAUACACAGCCAACGUCUGGCGCGCCGCCGUACAGGUCCGCCAAAAGGUCACCCACAAGAGGACGUUCCUUUUCCUCGAACAGCUCAUUCUCAAGCACCAGGCGCAUCGCGACGCAAUCAACAUCAAGGAAGAGAAGGACGGUAUCGAUUUCUACUUUGCCCAGAAGAACCAGGCCGAGGGAUUCAUCAGCUUCCUCAAGUCGGUCGUACCAGUUCUCACCAAGGAGUCGAGGCAUCUUAUUUCCGCGGAUACACAUACCGGCAACAAGUCGUACAAGUACAACUACUCCGUCGAAAUCGUGCCUGUUUGCAGAGACGAUUUGGUCGCCCUUCCUCUCAAGCUCGCCAAGUCCAUUGGCAACAUUUCUCCCCUUGUCCUUUGCCACAGGAUAGGAACAUCCGUCAACCUCCUCGACCCCAACACCCUCCAGACCGCCGAAGUCAGCGCCGAUAUCUACUGGCGUGCUCCCUUCCACCCGCUCGCCGGCACCCCCGAUCUUGUUGAGUUUAUCGUCAUGGAUAUUGAGCCCACGGGCGUACGAAAAGGAAAGUGGCUCCUCUCCGAGGUCCAGGUCGCUCGUGCUUCCGAUCUCGGCGUCAACGACAACGUCUACUUCACCCGCACACAUCUCGGCCAGCUCCUCCGCGCCGGUGACUCGGUGCUGGGUUACAUGCUCGAGGGCACCAACUUCAACUCGGACGAUCUCGAGGCGAUCGAGAGCUCCAAGGCGUACGGCUCCAUGAUACCCGACGUCGUCCUCGUUAAGAAGCACUUCCCGAACCGCCGCCGCAACAGAAAGAGAAACUGGAAGCUCAAGCGCAUGGCCAAGGACGAGGGCGAGCUGCUGCCCAAGGCCUCGGACCAGGCCAAGAUGGAUGCGGAGUACGAGAUGUUCUUGCGCGAUGUCGAGGAGGACGAGGAACUCCGUGCUGCCCUUGCUCUGUACAAGAACUCGCUCAAGACCAAGAGGGAGGCGGAUGCCAUGAGCAUUGCCGAUACGGACAUGAUGACGGAGGCUGAGGAGGAUGGUCCCAAGAUCAGCAUGGACGAGCUCCUUGACGACUUUGAGGAGAUGGAGAUUAAGGAUAAGGAGUAGGAUGUGGUUUGAUAUGGACUGUGAAUGCGAGUGCGAAUGUGAAUGGACUUGGGCUUCGGGGUAUACAAAAUUCCGGGAGUUAGCUGUUUUUAUGGUUUGCGUUUACGGACAUUCAUGAAUAGAUUUGGGGAUGGGCUUGCCGUGUUGGCGCCCUCUGCAUCCAACGCCAUGGUCUUGCUGCGUGCUAUUUUUGUUGAAUCGUUCAAGUUGUUGAAUCUCUAAAGUAAAGGGUGCGAAGAUGUGGAAGACUUUCAAGUGCUUAUAUAUCCCAAGUUUACUCCGCAACACGAUGACCAAACUACGUUGAAAUCAUAUUCUGUCCAUUUUGAUUCUUGUUUACUUCACUUGAUUCUGUUACGCACUUCGAGGCAAAAAUGAAGAACGAAAGAGGCCACAAAAUUGGAAUAGAGAUGUCACAAUGUCGUUGCAUCAUUUUUAGCACAAGCAAGAUUCCGAGGAGCAAAAGAAGAAAAAGAGAAAAAAGAGAACCAGAAGG